CUGGGCUUCAACUCGCUUCUCCACGCCAAACUGCUUGCGUGGUCGAGUAUGGCAAUUUGAUUCACGAAUGCGCUUUUAGACCGUUUCACACUCAUGACUUGCGACUUGUCCCAACCAACUUCACAGACAAGGGCCUGAAGUGACGAAAUCGUUGAGGUGGUGGUCGACGGAAGACCGACACCGAGAGAUCAAAAUCAUCAAGCCUCGUGCUCAGCAUUUAGGCUCGCAUCAGCGCCAGCAUAGUCUGUCGGACUCGUUGCGCCGCAAGUGUCCUUCAAGCAACACAGAACCGAUCGUAUAGCGCUUCGCCUUCCACUUCGUACGGACAACAGACACAAGCAUGAGCGGUCAGCCAUCGUCAAUCGAUGGUGCAUCCUCGAGCGUCGUUCCCACUUCGAGCGAAAUGGAUGACUCCAUCGCAGAGGUGGAAGCGAGAAUAGGAGAGCAAGUCGAGGCGGAUCGCACCAUCGCCAUCCAAGCGGGCGAGGGCGGCAACGGCCUCAAAGCGCACGAUUCGCCCAGUCGAAAGCCAAGGUCCUCACAGGGCCGCAAGAGCGCGACAGCUGGCUCUUCGAAGGAAGGCGCGACGCAUUCAGAGAGCGCACCACAGGCGCCCGAGAGUGCAGCACCGGCGGCUGAGCCAGAAGAGCCACUCAACGUUCGCUUCGAAAAGUUCGAAAGGGCGCUGGAAAAGUUCUUGGGAUUGAUCGACCAUAGAGCCAGCGAGAGCGCCAUGAAGUCGGUGCUGCCGUAUCUCGAUGCGGAAGAAGUGACAGACACGAGGAAACGCUUCAUCGAGGAGCUCAAGAGUCGCGUAUUGGCAUCGACGUCAGAGAUCGGAAACACCUUUGAGCUUCCGCAGCGCCUGGCAGAGCUGCAGCAGUUGGUGGAAGAGGCAGAUGAGCGGAUCAGGAAGGGGGCGAUCCCGGGCGAGGAAGAUGUGAAAGAUGUAUGGCGAGCCGAUCUGGACAUUGAAACGGCCAUCUCGGCCAGAUCCGUCGCUGCUCAGCGAGCAAAUAUUUUGGCAUUGGAACAAGAAUUGGCCGAGCUGCAGGACGGGAAUAGAAAAGCGCACAUUGAAAUGAAACGCGUGGCAGGGCGAGCGAACGGAAGGCAGGCCCUCGCCAGAGAGGCACUGGAUGCUCUGGAUCAGUCUGUGGCUCUGUUGGAACAGGAAUCGCCGGAGAGCGCAGGAAAGCUGGACGGGAUCGAAACGCGUGUGCACGCUAUAGUCACUCAGCUCAUGGCAGAUUUGGGCACUCAGAGCCUUCCGACGUAAAAGAAGGGCGCGUCGCGUACAAAUACAAUGGCGAGAGUGCUCAUGUCCAUGUACAGUACCAGCGAAUCCAUGUACUAAUUACUCGU